AAUUUCUCCACAUUAAUAAUACUUUAUCAAUGUUCUUGAGAUUUGUUUUCACCGUCUUAUUUACGUCUUCUUCUUCAUUUCAUCACUUUCAUAAUUCAAUGAUUUAAACUUCUCUAUUUUUCUUCUUCACUCACUUCACUUACUUCAGUCACUCAUUUAUUAUUAAUUUUCGCAAAAGUUUCUAUUUUUAGCAAAAAAAUGGAUGCUGUUGGUGUGAUGAAGUGUCUUCAUUACAGCAAUAAUUUCCAAAUUCAGCAGCAAAUUCAACGCCAAUUUACCUCUUUUCGUAACCCUAAUUCCAGAUUUUUGAGACCUUUGUAUUUCAAGCUUCCUUCUUCAACAACUUCUCGUUCUCAAAUUUUCUGUGGAAUUUCCUCUGUUCAAACUAGAGAGGAGGAAGAGAUAAUGAACAAUAACAAAACAAGGUCAAGACGGGAACAUGGAAAGGUGCAGUUAAGCAUCUUGUUGAAGCAUCAAGUGCAGUUUGGAGAGUGUGUUGUAAUUUUUGGGUCGUGCAAAGAAAUGGGGUCAUGGGAAAAACCAGUGACGAUGAAUUGGACAGAUAAUGGAUGGGUUUUAGAUUUGGAACUGAAAGGAGGAGACUCUGGGGAGUUCAAAUUUGUAAUCAUGGGGAAGGAUAAAAGUUUGAAUUGGGAAUCUGGUGACAACCGCAAGCUCCAAAUUCCAGGGGGCGGAAAAUUCACAUUGUUUUGUCACUGGAACAUGACAGCUGAGGCUCUUGAGAUCCUGCCUGCUGAAUCCGAGGAUGACCAGGGCUUGGCUGAGGUUUUGGUUGAUAACCGGCCUUCUGUUAGUGAUGCUACUGUUACAGAUUCAGAAGCCCAGACGAGUCCUUUUGUAGAGCAGUGGCAGGGGAAGGCUGCCUCAUUCAUGCGAUCCAAUGAGCAUCACAAUAGAGAAAGUGAUCGAAGAUGGGACACUUCUGGUCUUGAAGGUUUGGCUCUAAAAUUGGUUCAAGAUGACCAGAAUGCCAGAAAUUGGUGGCGGAAGCUUGAAGUAGUUCGUGAGCUAGUAGUUGGAAGUUUGGAAAACAAUGACCACUUGGAGGCUCUUACUCUUUCAGCGAUAUAUCUUAAGUGGAUAAACACUGGUCAAAUCCCGUGCUUUGAAGAUGGAGGCCAUCAUCGACCAAAUAGGCAUGCUGAGAUCUCGAGGCUCAUUUUUCGUGAGCUGGAAAGAAUUUAUUGCAGGAGAGAUACCUCACCGCAGGAAAGGCUUGUUAUUCGCAAGAUUCACCCCUCCUUGCCAUCUUUUAAAGCUGAAUUUACUGCAUCUGUUCCUUUGACUCGAAUUAGAGAUAUUGCUCAUCGUAAUGAUAUCCCUCAUGACUUCAAGCAAGAAAUUAAGCAUACAAUACAGAACAAGCUCCACCGAAAUGCUGGACCUGAGGAUUUGGUUGCUACAGAAGCUAUGCUGGCAAGAAUUACCAAAAAUCCUGGAGAGUUUAAUGAUGCAUUUGUGGAGCAAUUUAAGAUUUUUCAUGAAGAAUUGAAGGAUUUCUUUAAUGCUGGAAGCCUUGUUGAACAGCUGGACUCAAUUAAAGAGUCUUUGGAUGAAAAAGGCUUGUCUGCUCUCACUUUGUUUUUGCAGCAGAAGAAGAGUUUGGAUGAUUCAGAAGGGUCAGGUGUAAAAGUAGAUAAACUAAUCAAGGUCAUGCAGUCCCUAAAUUCUCUUAGGGAUGUACUGAUGAAGGGUCUUGAAAGCGGCCUUCGGAAUGACGCCCCUGAUGCAUCAAUUGCUAUACGUCAAAAGUGGCGUCUUUGUGAGAUUGGCCUUGAGGAUUAUUCGUUUGUUCUUUUGAGCAGAUUUCUCAAUGCACUUGAGGCUUUGGGAGGAGCAAGUUGGCUUGCUGCAAGAGCGGAGUCAAAGAAUGUUACAUCAUGGAAUGAACCGCUUGAUGCCCUUACUAUUGGAAUCCGUCAGCUGGGACUCUCAGGCUGGAAAUCGGAGGAAUGCAUUGCCAUUGGGAAUGAACUCAUUGCGUGGAAGGAUAAAGGUCUUUCUGAGAAGGAAGGAAAUGAAGAAAGUAAGAGGAUUUGGGCUUUAAGGCUCAAAGCGACCCUUGAUAGAUCGCGGAGGCUGACUGAAGAAUAUUCUGAUUCCUUACUAGAGAUAUUCCCACAAAAAGUUCAGAUGCUGGGAAGAGCUCUAGGAAUUGCUGAAAAUAGUGUGAGGACAUACACAGAGGCUGAGAUUCGUGCUGGUGUAAUUUUUCAGGUCUCUAAAAUUUGUACCAUUCUUCUGAAAGCGGUCAGACAGUCUUUGGACUCUCAAGGUUGGGAUGUUAUUGUUCCCGGAUCUGCUUAUGGAACGAUUGUUCAGGUUGACAGCAUAAUACCUGGGUCACUUCCUUCAUCUGUAACAGGGCCUGUAAUUCUUGUGGUUCGCAGAGCUGAUGGAGAUGAAGAGGUGACGGCUGCAGGGACUAAUAUAGUUGGUGUGAUACUUCUACAAGAGCUACCACACUUAUCCCAUCUUGGUGUCCGAGCUCGACAAGAGAAGGUUACCUUUGUGACCUGCGAAGAUGAUGAUUCAGCUUCUUAUAUUGAGAAACUUAAUGGACAGUAUGUCAGGAUGGAAGCUUCCUCAGGAGGGGUGGAUGUACAGCCAUGUAGCCCAGGUGAAACGCAUCAUGAGCCCACCGUAGACAUUCCUCCAAAUCGGGAUCUAACUACGGAAGAGGCUGUUGAGUCUGAUGAUUCUUCCGCCUCCCUGAGCGUAGCUCCGCAGGUAAGCAAGGUAAAUCCAUCUGAAGCUGUCAUCCUGCUUGCUGAUGCAACGCCACAUACUUGUGGGGCUAAAGCUGCUGCUUGUGGACGUCUAUCUUCUCUUUCAGAAGCCUCUGCUAAAGUUCACAAUGAGCAAGGAGUUCCAGCUUCUUUCAAGGCCCCUGCAGGAGCAGUUAUCCCUUUUGGCUCGAUGGAAUUGGCAUUAGAGGCUAACCAGUCUCUGGAAACAUACAAGUCCUAUAUAGAACAGAUAGAAACUGCACAGGUUGCAGAUGGUGCCCUUGAUAAGCUGUGUGCCGAGCUUCAAGAACUGAUAUGUUCAUUGAAGCUCUCAAAAGAAAUCAUUCAGAGCAUAGCAGAAAUCUUUCCAAGCACUGCUCGUUUAAUUGUUCGGUCUAGUGCUAAUGUAGAGGAUUUGGCUGGAAUGUCAGCUGCUGGGCUCUAUGAAUCUAUUCCAAAUGUCAGCCCUUCAAAUCCUACAGUCUUUGACAGUGCCGUAAGUAGGGUUUGGGCUUCAUUAUACACUCGACGAGCAGUUCUUAGUCGGCGGGCAGCAGGGGUAGCCCAAAAGAAGGCCCAAAUGGCAGUUUUAGUCCAAGAAAUGCUUUCUCCAACUUUGUCAUUUGUACUUCACACACUCUCCCCAACUGACAAUGACAGAAAUGUGGUUGAGGCUGAGAUAGCUCCUGGUCUUGGUGAAACACUAGCUUCAGGCACCCGAGGCACUCCAUGGCGCCUAUCCUCUGGAAAAUUCGACGGGUCUGUGAAAACGUUGGCGUUUGCAAACUUCAGUGAAGAAAUGCUGGUGGGCAGAGCGGGACCUGCUGAUGGCGAAGUUAUUCAUUUGACUGUAGAUUAUAGCAAGAAACCGCUGACUGUUGAUCCUGUUUAUAGAAGGCAGCUUGGUCAGCGACUCUGUGCAGUAGGUUUUUUCCUAGAGAGGAAAUUCGGGUGCCCUCAGGAUGUGGAAGGAUGCUUGGUUGGCAAUGAUGUUUACAUUGUUCAGACGCGCCCUCAACCUCUAUAAACAGGCCAUAUCUACUCAGUCCUAUCUUGCAUGGUAUCUGAUCACUUAUUGUGAUUUAGUAUGUAUUUAUGUUGCUUAAUAGUACUAUGGCCUAUGGAAUACUCAUAAGCCCCCCCUUUUGCUGUAAACUUCAAACUCCAAUAACAAAAUGGAAGUUUGUGUAAUAAUAAAAGGGCCAGUCUUAAUUAAUAAGUAUGUCAAAUAAGUUCAUAGAAAAGAGAAACUUUUGAAGUAUUAUUAUCAAAAUUUAAGUUAAGCUUAA